AAGAGAAAAUCUUGAUUGGGAUACAUGUUUCAAAACAGGGAUGAAGUUGAGACAGCUAUCGAGGACUGGAGGAUACAUCACAAUAGGCAAUAUAAUGUGACUAUUUCUGGCGGUAAGUCAUGGGCUGCAGAGCGCACGACAAGAAGAAUGGAAACUCUAAUUAGGCAAUCUACUUGUGCGUGGAGAAUGCGUGCAUCUUUGCAGAAGAAUGAUCUGUGGCAAAUUGUGUCCUGGGUUGAUCGUCACAAUUGCGUUGGAAUAACUAGAGAAAAUGACCAUCACAAUUUGAAGUCGAAGUUAAUAGCCAAACUUAUAAGGCGUGUUGUUGAAACUGAUCCUGGUUUUAAGGUGAAGUCAAUCAGGGAUGCUGUGAAUAAAGCUUAUAAUGUGGAUGUGAAGUACAAGAAGGCAUGGCAUGAAAGAAGGAAAGCCAUCGAAGCGUGUUAUGGUAACUAGAUCGAUAAUUUCACCAAAUUACCUUAGUAAUAAUUAAUAAUUUAUUAUUUAUGUUAUUUUCUUGUCUUGAACUGUUUUAUAAAUGCUGGACUGUUGAUGCGAAUUUAGACUAUCUUAGUAUGGAAAUUCUGAACUGUUUUUGUUUAUGUUGGAC